CACAGAGAGGGCGCCACUACAGCAGUGAUGACGAAAUCGAGGCUUUCGUUGACAUCACUGUCUGUGACGUCAAAAAUCAUUUGACUUUUAGUCGUAUUCUCGAGAAGUCGUCACAAAAUGAACGAAAAGCGACAAAAGGUCGAAGUGGCCACCCGUGAGCUCGUGCUCUCCAACGACCAGUUGGAGCGCGUGUCCGCUCUUCUCCUCCAAGAGUUCAACGAAGGCCUGAAGCGCGAGACGAAUCCAAUCGCUUCCGUGAAAAUGUUUCCCACUUUCGUGCGCGACGUUCCCAACGGCACCGAGGCGGGCAAGUUCCUGGCGCUGGACUUGGGCGGCACGAACUUCCGCGUCCUUCUCAUCGAACUCGAGGGCGCGGACUUCAAAAUGGAUAAUCAGAUCUUUUCGGUUCCGCAACACGUGAUGCUCGGAUCGGGCGAACAGCUCUUCGACCACAUCGCCGACUGUUUGGCCGACUUUAUGCACAAACGCGGUCUCAAAGACGUGAAACUGCCGCUCGGCUUCACCUUCUCGUUCCCGUGCCGUCAGGAGGGACUGACGCGCGCCCGACUCGUCCAGUGGACGAAGGGCUUCGCGUGCAAAGGCGUGGAGGGGCACGACGUGGUCGAGCUGUUGCGCGCGAGCAUUCGCAAGCGACAGGACGUCGAGAUCGACGUCAUGGCUGUCGUCAACGACACGACGGGCACUCUGAUGUCGUGCGCGCACAAGAACAGCGAGUGUCGAGUGGGUGUCAUUGUGGGCACGGGAACCAACGCCUGCUAUAUGGAGGAGGCCGACAACGCCGAGCUCUUCGAGGAGGACGAGUUCGCGCAUGAGCCGCGCCAAGUGAUCGUCAACACGGAAUGGGGCGCUUUCGGCGACAACGGAGUGCUCGACUUCGUGCGCACGGAUUGGGACGACGAGGUGAACACGUAUUCCCUGAACAAAGGGCGCCAACUGUUCGAGAAGAUGAUCUCCGGGAUGUACAUGGGAGAGAUGGUCAGAAGCAUUGUCGCCGACUUGACGCGGAAGGCGCUCCUAUUGGACGGCAAGGGCUCCGAAAAGCUGUUCACUCCGCACUGCUUUCAGUCGGCAUACGUCUCGUGGAUCGAGUCGGACGCGAAGGGCGAGUUGGCGCAGACGCGCAAAGCGAUGGCCGAAAUGGACUUAAGCCACGCCGACGACGACGACCUCUUCUCCAUUCAGAUGAUCUGUGAGCGCAUCUCCACGCGCGCCGCGCAUCUUGUGUCGGCGGCCGUCGCGACGGUCCUCAACAAAAUGCGUCGCGAGAAGACAGUCGUGGGCGUCGACGGCUCCGUCUACCGCUAUCACCCGCACUUCCACGACCUGAUGGCCAAAAAGAUAGCCGAACUCACGCGACCCGAGUACCGCUUCGAACUCAUGCUGUCGGAAGAUGGCAGCGGACGAGGCGCGGCUCUCGUGGCCGCAGUGGCCGUCCGCCAGAUCCGCGAAUUGCGCGCCAAAGGACUCAUCGAUUAA